CAUGUCAUGUAGGAAAAUUAAAGAAUUUUUAGAAAUAGAUUAAAUAGGAAUUUUAGAAUAAAAGUAUAGAAAGAAAUUGAGCUUAUAUGCCAUUGAGAAAGGCAUUAUUGAUGUCUAUCUGGCGAAGUAGCCACUUAUGAGUUACAGCAAUAAUUGUUCGCACUACUGGACUAAAAGUGUCUUGAUUUGAGCAUAUCCUUCGCACUUAUCACGAUCUACUGAAUUAUCAUCUUUCAUUUUUAAUUUUGAACAACCAACGACAUCCAACGGGUGUUCGACUCUCUAGCAAAGGGACUAAACUCUAGGUAUGAUUGUUAUGCAAAGCAAUCAACUCAUCAUGAACUGCUUCCUGCCACUUGGGACACCUCAAUACAGCAUGAAUAUCUGCAAGCAACAAAGAAGAGGACAUAUUAGUAACAUUAUAGGACUGAAUUUUAGGUUCGUAGAUACCUGCUUUUCCUCUAGUAAUCAUGGGAUGAAUAUUAACAAAUGGACAAGAAGAGAGAUCCUGUUGAACAACAUCAGAAGGAAAAUCAGUAAAAGAUGCAACAAAAAGGAGUUGUAAAUUGUUAACAGGAGACUUAUCGAGAACAAUUAUAGCAGGUGCAACAUGAUCAGAAACAUCAUCAUGAGCAAGUGCUACAGGAGAGGGAGUAGAAGAUGUAACAUCAGGAGAUACAGGAGUUGAAUGUGGCUGAAUAUCUGAAUGUGAAUCACUGUUGAGUGAAGAACUAAUUGCUUAAUGCCGAACUGACCAUAUUGCAUCUCCAAAGCUCAUAUACCACACUGAAUUUAAGAUUUAGUUACUUAAAUAAUGAUCAUAAAUUGUUAUUGUUUUUAUUUAAAUGGCAAAAAACAAUUAUUUAAAAGAAAAAAAGAGAGUAGUAAAUCAGAAAUUUACAAAAAUUAUUGCUACUAAUAUGGUACUUGUAACACUUGCGGCAAAAUUAGAAGGUAGUUCGCGCAUAAUGAAGUUUCAGGUCAUAUAAUUACGAGUUCUGAUUUUAUGAAUUUAUGUGUUUGAUGAUAACAGUCUUUUACGGGUUUAAGUGCUCAUUUGAUGUAUAAUAUAAAGGUGGAUUUUUUUAUUUCCAAUACGCAAAAAUCACCUGAAAAAUGACGGCAACGGGAACUCCACCCCCACCACCGUCGUCCAAACCCGAAGACGACCCGAACCUAUCAAACCGGCCCGCCGUGAUCCCGAACCAAACUCUCCCCUUCACCACACAUCGGAAAAAGGGGACCAGUAUCCGCUCAUGGCUUUUACUUGACUCGACGGCCCACACCUUUAGGUUGGAGGCCGGCAAGCAUUCUAUCAUGAGACGAACGGGUUUACCCGGUCGAGAUCUUCGGAUCCUGGACCCGCUUCUUUCUUACCCGUCGACGGUUCUGGGUCGAGAACAGGCCAUUGUGAUUAACUUGGAGCAUAAAGGCAUCAUUACGGCUCAAGAGGUUUUGCUGUUGAAUUCCAAGGAUCCUUCCGUUACACCGUUUGUUGAUGAGUUGCAGAGGCGGAUUUUGUUGCAUUAUCAAGCAAACCAAUCCAAGGAGGGUGCUAUUGAUGAUACCAACUGCAUAAUAAGAACUACAUCACAAAAUCUAUUACCAAAGAUCUCACAGCUCCAAAGCCUAAGUGAGGAAGGCAGGGGGGAAGAGAAACAAGGUCUUGAGACUCAAGAAGGCACUAGGACUCUACCCUUUGAGUUUGUUGCAUUGGAGGCCUGCCUUGAAGCUGCUUGUGGCUGCUUAGAAUCUGAGACAAGAACAUUGGAGCAAGAGGCCCAUCCAGCUUUGGAUAGAUUGACCUCAAAGAUUAGCACUCUCAUUUUAGAGCGUGUUCGCCAAAUAAAAAGCAGGCUGGUUGCACUAACUGGCCGAGUUCAGAAGGUAAGGGAUGAGUUGGAAAACUUGCUAGAUGAUGAUGAUGAUAUGGCUGAGAUGUAUCUAACAGAGAAACAAAUUGUUGAAAACUCUUCAACAUCUUCAAUGAAUCAAAGAGAUGAUUUAGAUGAUGAUGAUGAUGAUGAAGCAGAAGCAGUAGCUGUUGAACCAGACAAGGAUGACAGCACACCUGGUGAACAGUUAUUGACAACCAGUUAUGAAGGUGAUGUCAAAGAUCCUGACAAACCCCACGACCAUUCAUUUGGUGCUACCAUUGGCAGAGACACCCAUGGAAUUCAUGCAAGUUCCUGCCAUAGUCUUAUUGGCAAACCUGUUAAUGUGGAGGAGUUGGAAAUGCUCUUGGAAGCUUACUUUGUACAAGUUGAUGGUACCCUCAACAAACUCUCCACGUUGAGGGAAUAUGUGGAUGACACAGAAGAUUACAUAAACAUAAUGCUGGAUGACAAACAGAACCAUCUUCUACAAAUGGGAGUGAUGCUAAGCACAGCAAACCUUGUGAUCGGUGCUUUCGUCGUCGUUGCUGGUUUGUUCGGCAUGAAUAUCCACAUCGAUCUAUUCGAUGAAAAUAAAGCAGGGACGCCGGAGUUUCUUUGGACGAUCGGCGGUUCCACCGCCGGGACGAUAUUACUUUACGUGGUUGCUAUUGCAUGGUGUAAAUACAAGGGCUUGUUGGAGUAAAGAAAGAGAUAUUAGAAAGUAAGAUUUUUUGCAGGUGGGUAGGUAAGGGGCAGGUCGUUUGCCCCCUUGGCUAAAAAGGGAAUUUUCUUUCAAGUCCCUCUCAAAAAUUAAACAA